ACCAACUCAGCUGAAACGACGGUACCCACCUUUUAAUCUUCAUCACAGAGCUCAUAAAAAGUACUCAUCCAUCACUUUUUACACCUGGGUAUUAAUUGUUUUCCAAUGAAGUGGAUAUGAUGUUUCAGAGAAAUAAAUACAAGAGAUAAAUAAGGUAGAAGACUGAAGCAUCACUGUUCCUUCUCGACAACUUCUCUGAACGCCUUAUGAUGGAAUUCACUGGUUUACUGUCAGAAGAUCAGAACUGAACACCACCAGGACUUCACACAACGGGGUGGUGGAUCCAGAGCCUGGUGAGGCAGGAGGCAGGAAUACACACUGGAUGUGGUGCCAGUCAAAUGAAAGACAGAUAGAAUCUCAGACAUGGGUUGGAAAAGUAACUACUGGCUUUUAAUGUUGUUUGUGUUGUGGAUAACUACUGUGGGUGGAGGGGAGCCCAAAGCCCAACCAACCACAGACUUUUCUCUCAUUCCUGCUAUGGAGAUAAUGGAAGAGGAGCACCAGAUUAUGACAGAAUCUCAGUAUAAAUGCCUGGAACUGUUGAGCAGAGAAGGAAUGCACAACAAAACAGCUUCCCACUGUAGGCGGUUUUGGGAUGGUUGGCUUUGCUGGGAUGAAACUCCAGCUGGGACUUAUGCUUCUCAGAGCUGCCCAGACUACCCUCCCUUUGACACCUCAGAAAAAAUAACCAAAUACUGUGAUGAAACUGGUAAUUGGGCCCACAGCACAUCAAUAAAUAAUACCUGGUCUCAGUGUCUCAGCAUCUCAAAGGACAAAUUAAAGAAAGAGUCUGUUUAUGAUGAAAUAGAGCCAGAUACCACAGCAGAAACCCUGGUCAGUCCUGUGGAAACUGAGAAAACAGAGGAAAGGAAGAAAAUUAUUGAUGGUCAAUAUAAAUGUUUUGAGAAAAUGAACAGAGACUCACCAUAUAACAAGUCAGGAUUGUACUGUAACCGGACAUGGGAUGGAUGGCUCUGUUGGGAUGAUACACCUGCAGGAACGUACACAACUCAAAACUGCCCUAAUUACUUCCCUGACUUUGACCCCACAGAAAAGGCCAUAAAAUAUUGUGACGAGACUGGGAACUGGUUUCUACAUCCUGAGACAAACAGAACAUGGUCCAACUACACCCUCUGCGUUGCCUAUACUAAGGACAAGUUAAAGAAUGCAUACAUUCUGUACUACAUGGCAAUCGUGGGUCACGCUUUUUCCAUUGCAUCCCUUCUCAUCUCUCUGGCAAUAUUCUUUUACUUCAGGAGUCUAAGCUGUCAAAGGAUCACCUUGCACAAGAAUCUAUUCUGCUCUUAUGUGCUCAAUUCCGCCUUCACUAUAAUCAACCUCACAUGUGUGGUCAGCAACCCUAAAGUCGUGGAGAGGAACCCGGUUGGUUGUAAGGUACUACAGUUCUUCCACAUGUACAUACUGGGCUGUAACUACUUCUGGAUGCUGUGUGAGGGCAUCUAUCUGCAUACUCUUAUUGUGGUGGCAGUUUUCGCUGAGGAGCAGCAUCUUCACUGGUAUUAUCUCUUAGGGUGGGGCUUUCCCUUGGUGCCUGCCUCCAUCCAUGCAGUGGCAAGAAAAAAGUAUUUUGAUGACAAUUGCUGGAUGAGCGUGGAGACCCAUCUGCUGUAUGUGGUUCAUGGACCCAUUGUGGCAGCUUUAUUAGUGAACUUGUUCUUUCUGCUGAACAUUGUGAGGGUUUUGGUGAUGAAGCUGAAGGAUACUCAUCGUGCAGAGUCCAACAUGUACAUGAAAGCAGUACGAGCCACCCUCAUUCUCGUGCCCUUGUUAGGAAUCCAAUUUGUCAUAUUUCCAUGGAGGCCAGAAAACCGUUUGGCUGGAGAAGUAUAUGACUAUAUCAUGCACAUACUACUGCAUUACCAGGGCUUGUUGGUGGCAACAAUAUUCUGCUUCUUCAAUGGAGAGGUUCAGGCUACUCUGAAGCGGCAGUGGAUGCAGUACAAGGUGCAGUGGGGUCAGCGACGCCGUGAACACUGGUCCAUGCGUUCCACUUCAUACACCACCACGUCCCUCACAGAGGUGCCUGCUUUCAUGUUCCACUAUGACAACAACAGUGAGCACUUGAACGGCAGACAUGUCGAUGACUCAGCAUGAACAUGUGGCUCUCAAGGUCAAACACAUCUACACCUGAGGCACAAACCAUCAGAGAAAUAUAUGACAAUUUUUUUCAAAGAAUGCCAUAGGAUUGAAGGAAACAAAGGAAACUGGAGAAGUCCUUGCAGAUUCUCUCAUCUCAGGGAGACAACAUGACACACAGUACAGUACAAGUGUGUGGCAGCAAUGUCUCUCUGAGACGUGUGCCGGAGUGUACACCAACAUUCAAAAGUUUGGAAUAAUCUGUUAUAUAUUCAAAAUACAUUAUUUUAUUUAUUAAAAUCAUAAACCAUAUAUUACACACAUAAAUAUUUUCAGUGGUUUUUUAAUAUAUUUUAAAUAUUUUGUUAAAAAAAAACAGUGUUAAGAAUUGAUAAAUCAUAUGCAGAAAGUAUUUAUGUUUAUACAACAGUAGUGAAUUCUCAAAAACUGUUGGUCAACAGGUGUUGAUUAAUUUUAUUAAUGUCAUUCUUUAAUAAAUUAAACAAACCCAAUCAUAAGACAUCGCUGCAUUAUAUAGGAUUACCUCUUUGGAACAUGCUCUUUAUGGAAAAUGAUCAACUUCAGGGUGGUAACAGUACGUCUACUUAAUGUAAGGCCACAUCACCCCAGCGCAUCAUUGAUGAUUUUCCUGUAACUGCGUGUCCUGCCAUGUUCUAAUCCUUACAUAAUCAUUUCUCUUGAGUAUUGAUCACUGAUUUAGAAAAGGUUCAGUAAGCUAUUUUAAAUUUUUGAAUCUAGAUCAUUCUUAUUAUACUAUCUAAAGAUCUGCAUAUUCUCAGUGCCAUACAGUGCUGUACAUACAUCUUAAUAAUUACAAACAUAUCUACAUUUUUAUUUUUAGUUUUCUACAAAUAAAUAGAAUUUUAUAAAGCUAUAAGAGUGGUAGCAUGAUAUUAAAAUUGGUUUUUAUAUUACUUCCAAAUUUAUAUGUAAUUCCAAAUUUUUGAAUAGUAAUGUACUGUACUGUGUGUGUGUGUGUGUGUGUGUGUGUGUGUGUAUGUGUGUAAUGUACAUGUUUUCUCUUCAUUCUGCUGCUUUAAAGAGGCAAACACUGAGGUGGCAUUCCUGAAGAAUGUGACAGAUUUUAGCUGCUACUCCCUUCUAGAACUUUAUGGACCUACACUCACAACCACAAAAUUUGCUUCACCGAAACCAAAGGGUGUGUCGGUUUGCUGGAUGUCAAGAGACUGAUAAGUUUUGGGAAUUGAAUGACUGAAUAUGAUUCUCCAGAGGAUUUGGGCCACUGGGUGAAUGUCUUUAAAAUAUGGAAAAGUUCCUCUGUGCCUACAUUCUGGAUUCCUGUAAAUAAACUCAUCAGGUUGAAUUUUAAAGUGUCAAAGUAAGUGGUGAGGAGUGUUAUAUUUUUCUGAUGGUUUUCUUUCUUUUUUUUCUGUCUUGUGUUGUGAGAUUUCUGACUUUCCUGUUUGUAGCAGCUGUACUUUUUGCUGUCUGUGUCACAAUAUAGAAAACAAAAGAACAUCACUUUUAGUAGUGUUUUUAAGCUGAUUUAUAAACACAGGAUGCAAAUGCAUUCUAAAACCACAAAAAUGAAAGUCUAAAUGAAAAUGUGUUGACUUUCAUUCUAAAGUAUGCACUCUGAUCAAGGCCAUUAUUGUCCAAAACCUUUCUUCAUCUGCAUUGAAAGAGCUGCUUCGUACACCAUGUUUAACAUGUUUUUCACAGUUUAGUGUUAUUCAUUUCAUCUGACCUGCAAGUGUACUUCUUUUUAUUUAAGGGUAAAGUUUAGCUUGUAUAUGUGCAUUGUGUUAUUGUGUUUGGAAAGUUUAAAACACUCUUGACGGGUCAAAUUUCUUUGUGAUUUCUGCCAGUAUACUGGACCUGAUAUUUACCAUGUAAAUGUUUCUAGCGCAGUGUGGUGUUGGUUUAUCAUGGUGUACAUACUGCCAGCAAAUCAUGAUGCUUCAUCAAAGUAUAUAGCAUAUUAUAAGUCUAAGGUUUUCUUAGAAAUUCAUACAAUGCCAAUUGCUUUUGACUUCUGUUGACUAAAUGGGCUGGCUAUAUGACUAUCAGACUCUCAGACUAACGGAUAUUGAAUUUUCUAUUGUUAUUUUUGAAGCAGUUUUAUUAAUCUCUUAAUAUUUGUAUUACUAUUACUUAAAGUUGGUUAUACUUCAUUAUAAUAUCUCCAGAUCAUAAAUAACUGAUGCAGUGAUUAAUAAAUUUAAUGGCUUAAUGUUAAAAUGAACACAAUUAGAGAAAACAGUAUUUUAUUAAGUUUAACAUAAUACUAUACACCCAGAUUCUUUAUCAUGAUGGUGUGAAAUUACAUUUUCACAUGAAAAAUGAGGAUCUUUUAUUUUUUGUUGUUUUUGUUUUCAGAACAUCUCUACAAUCACUUCGUUCUAAAGCUGCAUAUUAAACAGUGCAGUAAUCAACAGUUUUGAAUUCCUGACUGAAGCUUUAAUGCAUGGUGCCAGUAUUCUUUCUCAGAUCUCUAUAUGUAAUCCACUUGUUGAUGCCUGCAUGUUACAUCUCUAUACAACUAAACAUUUCAAGCUUGCAGAAAACAUCACCUAUCAAGUCACUUUGCUCAUUUAGGUC